AUGAAGUGGGACGACGCAUGUCGUACGUCCAGCUAAACUCAACUCCAUUUUCUCGUGUAUACGCGCGUGGGUUCUUUGAGAAAACAUUGCGACUACGAUCAUCAAGAUUUUCCUUUAUUCAAUCAGUCGUCUAUCAAUAAUUCGUGUAAACUAUCCCUUAUUAUUUAUCGAAAGACUCGUUCUCGUGUACGUGUGGGCGUGCGUCUGCACAACACGACAGCGUAAAAAACUACGUUUACGCGUGCGAUACUGCGAUAUAGGUUUUUUUAGGUCAUCUCUUUGUCUUGCCCAGUAGCGCAUAUUUAUAUACACCUAAUUCGCUGUUUUCUGGAUUCAAUGGAGGCGGAUAAAGAUUAGCUGUCAGCAGCAGCGAGGGAAAUAUUGUAUCGAAUAGUCCUUUAUCCUCCUCCUCUCCCGGAGAAGUCUCGGUACUGCUGCAAUUUUCUAUAGUUGGCUUUUCAUCAUGUCGGAAACCGAAUCUCUGGCAGCUGCAGCUGUUGCAGCAGCUACGCAGCAAAAGCAGCAGUAUCAGCAUCAGUCACAGCAGCAGCAGCAACAACAACAACAACAACAACAACAAAUGGGAGCUUCCUCCAUGGCAAACAUGGCCGCCUGGCAGUAUUCUCAAAAUCUGUACUACGGGCAAAUGUAUGGUCAAAAUUACAAUCAAAACCAAAUGUACUAUCAACAUUACAACAUGAUGAACUAUGGACAGUAUGGACAUGUGCAAGCACAAAACCUUGCACAUCAGCAAAUGCAAGCACAACAACAACAACAAACACAACAGCAGAAACCAGCCCAGCAACAGCAGCAACAACAACAACAACAGCAGCAGCAGCAGCAGCAGAACAGUCAAGGGAAGCAGCAGCCCGAGCAACCACCCAUGCCACCUACUCCAGUGACCUUUGACGAUGAUUCUGACCUUCCUCCUCUUCCUCCAGGACCUCCACCUCCUCCUGCAACCCCCAUAAAAAGUCAGCAAAAAUCACAACAGCAGCAGCAGCAGCAGCAAUCUCCAAAGCAAUCCCAGCAGUCUCAACAGUCUCCAGUUUCACAACAACAGUACAACUACAAUUACAAUUCUCCCUAUGGUAACUGGAACACCUUUCAGCAAUCCGAAACUCCUAAUUUUAGCGGAAUCCGUUUCAACUUACCCAACAAAAAAGCUGGACUAGGGUUUUCCCAACAGCAGCAGGCAAACAAUAGCAAUAAUAGCAAUAAUAAUACCAAUAGUUCAAAAAAGAAGCGUAAAAGGAAUAAAAAUCUAGCGGCCCAGUAUAUUAAUAGCUUCCCGACGCCACUUCCCAAUACUUCGGUACCCCCUCCCGGCUAUCCCCCGAACCCCAAUAUAGGCAUGAAUUUUCAAAGUCCACAACAGCAUCAGCAGCAAAUGUCUAAAAUCGAGUUGCCUCCGCUGCCGCCACCCCCAAACCCCGUUGAAAAACCACCAUCGCCACCGCCCAUCGACGAGAUCAACAUGCCCCCAGAGCGACCACCACCCCUCCCAAAGAUGCCACCUAUCAACACUUCACAACCGCCGCCACCUCUGCCACCAACAUCACAGCCACCGCCACCGUUGCCCUCGACUCCCUUCAACAGUAAGAAACUUAACAGUCCUUCCAUCUCAUCUGCUAAUUCGACUGCCUCGAAGCCGCCUCCUCCUGGCAGUCAGUCUGUCGGAGACUGGCCGGAUAGUCUCAAGAAUUACGUAAACCGCUGCUACGAAAAAUGCAAGACGGCCAUGGAUAAGGAUCAAGUCGAAAUCAUACUCAAGGGCAAGAUAACUCGCGCUGCAAAUGACGGUUCAUUGUGGAUCAAGGAUUGGGACCGUGAGCCCUUGCCCAGUAUUUACAGCGAGCGUAUGACCAUGACGAUCAAGCCGAUGAAUACCACGGUCAUGCCAGGUCUUCAGCGGAAGUCGUCAGGGCUGUCGAUGACUCUCGGAGCUCGGUUAGGCAUUAGGAUGUCGGCUGGUGGCUCGCAUCAGUCCAACAACAGCAGCUUUAGUGGCAACAUGAGCCUCAACUCCAGCGUCUCUUCGCAUCGCAGAUCAAAGUCCAAGAGCCGCUCGAGGUCGCGUUCACGCUCCCCGGCACCACGUAAGUACAAACGCAGCACCUCGUCCUCGUCGUCCGGCGAACGGGAAUACAAGCAGCCAGCCAUAUCCAACAACCAGAAAAACAAGAACAAACGAGGUGGCCACAACAACAACAACGCCAAUCAGAACGCUAACAACAAACAGAACAAGAAGAACAAGAAUAAAAAAAUCAACAAGGCCAAUUGCCACUUUUAUUCAGAGUUCGGUUUGACGGGCGGUAACGUUGACGAGUUUGGCACAAAGGAGAAGCUGCAGCAACGAGCUGCGCGCUUCAACAACGACUCGUGCUCGAAACCCACGGUACAAGUUAGCAGUGGCUUUGUCAAAAGCGAGGCUUACUCCAGACCCUCGUCUACAGUCGGUGCAGUGAACAUUACCAGCAACAUUAUGAGGGACACUGACCCCAAUACCGAAAUCGACUUCUCGGGUCUGCACAUAGUUGGCACCUGCAGGGAUCUGGAGAAGCCUUAUCUGCGUCUCACCUCGGCACCGGAACCAUCGGCCGUGCGACCAGUCGGUGUUCUACAAAAGUCCCUUGCACAUGUUAAAAAACGCUGGGUUUCUAAACAAGACUAUCGUUACACGUGCGAUCAGUUAAAAUCGAUCCGACAGGAUCUAACAGUGCAGGGCAUACGAGACUCGUUUACAGUCAACGUGUACGAGACUCACGCCCGAGUCGCGCUCGAGCGCGGCGAUCACGAGGAAUUCAAUCAGUGUCAGACGCAGUUAAAAAUGCUGUACUCUGAGAUUGGUGGUGAAAAUCGUUGCGAGUUUGUCGCUUACCGUAUCCUGUAUUAUAUCUUCACAAAGAACACAUUAGAUCUAACGACAAUACUCGCAGCGCUUACGGAAAAAGACAAAAAAGACGAAUGUGUAGCUCACGCGUUGAAAGUUCGAUCGGCUUGGUGGUUAGGCAAUUAUCAUACUUUCUUUAAGCUUUACAAAACAGCCCCUAGAAUGGCAGCGUUCCUCAUGGAUUGGUUUACUGCCCGGGAGAGGAAGAUUGCUCUCAAACAGAUGAUUAAAAUUUACCGGCAAAAUUUGGUGGUCGAUUUCAUCGUUGCGGAAUUGGCAUUCGAUAAUCUGGAGAAGUUUUAUGAAUUUGUUGCUGAGUUUGGGUUAGCUUACGCUGAUCCCGAACGUACGCAGCUUGACUGCAAGACAAGCAGUACUUCUGUCGGUACCUGGUAAAGGCCUAAAAUAAUAAGCAAGAGUCUGGCAUUUGAAUUUUCAAAAACCACUUUCCACUUCACAACCUAUCGAAUUUUACGUUCUCAUAUUGAACAAAAAUUCAACGAAACAAAGCCCAAACGACGGGCAAUCAAAUAAUCAACAAAUACGCUUAUCAUACAGCGUAAAUAUCUUCUUGUUUCCAAUGGUCCCUCCAUUAAACGGGUCGAGAGUGUGUGUUACAAUGGCAAGAACUUCGUUGUUUCUUCUACUAGUGUUCCCAGAAAUUACUUUCUACGUAAGAGAAGAGCUAUGAUAGCGUUAAACAAAGCUACCGCUCCCCGAAUCAGAUAUUUGGAAGAGAACCCACGGCUUUGUUAAGUUAGUGUGUAUACAAACGGUAUAAAUGUAUAUUAUUAGACAGCCUAAGGGCGCACUAUUCCAAAUAUUCGAUUCUUUGGAAGGAAUAAGUCUUUGUACAAAUUUCACUCGGAAAAUUAUCAGUUGAAACGUUGUCUUCUACGUUCAAGUUAUUUUAUUUAAUCUUCUAAGUGCAUCCCUCAUUCCCGACGCUUACACCUAAGUGUUGUAGUAAGGUGAUUAAUUUCUUCUACUUUUUUUUUGAGUACCCAUUUUAAAAGUCGUGUCCAACAACACACGAUGACAGUAUUUAUACAUAUAUAUAUAUAUAUAUUCCUAAGUGCGUAAGACGGUUCAUUAAAUAAUGUAUUUGUUCACUUAGUGAGCAAUGCUAAAAGAUUAAUUUUUCUCAUCAUGAUUAUCCCACGAUGUUUCGCUACUUCAAAUUUAUUAAAUAAAAUGAUAAUUCACGUCAUCCAAAAUAUUUGUUCUCUUUAUCUCGUAAAGAAAUUUAGAGCGCUGUUGUUCAUCAUCAUGCAAAUAAUGAAAUGAAUCUACGAUUAAAAAUUUUCGAGUUCUACUUUUAACAGCUAUUUUCUCAUUAAUUUUGACGCUGACCUACAAGACGUCACGAUUUUUAAAGACGCAAAAAGAUUACAGAUUAAUAAAAAUGGAAACCUCGAAAAAUACCAAUGUUUUGGGAACCUGCCAGGCGAAUUCACCAGGUCUUCAGCUAGCCAAAGAUAACGUAUGUAUCCACACAUAAAAAGGACACGGAGUAGAUGAAAAUUUCCGAUUUCCAAGGACCAGAAGCAGGACAACGCAGCGUGAAAGGGACCACACACUCACUAGGGAAGACGAAUGGAAAUCAUCUAGUCCGUGUGCCUUGAUCAGUUGAAUAUUACACAGCAGCACAUCAUUUUCAGAUAAUAACACACCGUUUAUUAGAAUUCUUUACCUAUCUGUUUGUUGAUGUUUGUGUUGAUUAUUUUUUUCCUAACCAAAAAGAAGAAUAUUUUGAUGAAUAAAUGAAUGCCCGGAUGAUAGUGAUAUUUAGAUGAUGAAAAAAAAAAAAAAUUUACGAAAGAUUGGAAGAAUGAGUAAUGAUUGUGUCGAUAAAUUACUUCUUGGAAUAUACAAAAUUAGAUCGUACAACUAACUCGCAGUGUCAUUAGCAAGAAGGAUCAGUAUAUACAUAUAAUAUAAAUACAUGAGAAUAAUUAAAUGAAAAAAAAAAUUA